AUGGAGAAAGCUAAGUUGCCUUUCAAGAAGCGUUUCUCAUGGAAUGGACGAAACAAAUCUUUUAUCGGGUUCAUGGUUGAUGAUAACAUGAAGGAGAAAGAAAGAAGAGGAAGAUUUUGUGAUUCUCCAAAGGUUCUACAGUGCCAUGAAUGCAAAGGUUUUGGGCAUGUAGCUGAUGAGUGUGCAAAUCUGCAGAAGCGGAAGAAAAAAACAGUUACCAAGAGUGAUUCUAAAAGUGAAUCUGAUUAUGGUGAGGAGCUAAAGAGUAUUAUGGCGUUCACAACCUUUAUGUCUGGUUCUAAGACGAAAUUUUCAGUGGGAUCUGCUUCAGCGUCUGUGUCAGGGUCUUCAUGUGGAAGUGAUGAUGAUGCUGGAAGUGAUGAUGAAGGUGGAACCUUUGAUCUUUCUGGGAAUUAUGAAAAGAUGUAUGAGCAUUGGCUCAAGCUGGUUGAGACGAAUUCAGAUUUGGCUAAGGAGAAAGCCAAGCUAGAAGCUCAAGUUGCUGAAGCUCUUAAGUAUGCUUCAGAGAAAGAAGAAGAAGCACGACAGGCUGGUGCUCAACUUGCAGAGACUCAGAAGAAUUUGAGGUUGCUGAAUAAUGGGACGAAUCAGCUAGAUCAUCUUCUCAGUAUUGGGCAAAGUGAUAGAUGUGGCCUUGGAUAUCAAGGAGAAUGUUUGAAAGCUGAAGGUGUUUUUGUACCAGCAGGUAAAACUAAGGAUGUAGCUACGUCUGAUACAAAGCCUGAGGUUAAGAGGUUUGCUGGGAAUGCAACAUAUAGGAAGAUUGCAGUGAAGCCUGCAACUGGUGUGAAGAAUGUGACUGCUACCCGUGCUGCUACGCGUGCUGAUACGCGUGCUGCUACGCGUGCUGCUACGAGUACUGAUGCGGCAACUGAUACGGCGACUGCUCCAGAGAGAGUUUCUGGAUUGAAGAGUGGAUCUCAACAAAGGUUUCAGCCUGUUUGUCAUCACUGUGGUGUUGUUGGACACAUUAGGCCAAGGUGUUUCAAGUUAUUGAGGGAGAAGAAUCAGAUGGAGCAAGCUUAUGGUAUGAGGUAUCAUGGACCUAUAUGUUAUUCUUGUGGAGUUCAAGGGCAUAUGCGGGGUGAUUGUGUCAAGUCUGUUCAAGGAGCUAAUCAUGGAGGAUUUGGGCUCAGAAAUACGUGGUCUAGGAGAUUUGAUCACUAUGGAGAUGGUGGAAUGGGAUUUCCUCCUUACUUUGGAGGAUAUGGAUCUUCAUAUUAG